CUCCAAAAAUUGGAGUCCGGUUGGAGCUCAACCGGGCUGCAUUUUGAAGAAAUGCAGCUCGGUUAGAGCUGUUCUUAAAAUGACAGAAAUUUUCAAAAUACAGCCCGGUUGGAGCUGCUCUUAAAAUGACAGAAAUUAAAUUUUAAGUAAUAUUUCUUAAAAUCUUCCACAUCUUGAAUUCCUUUUUCCGCUCCGUCACUUCGUAUCCAAACUCACCCCAAACCCAAACUAGUUCAUUUUCUUCUCUCACUAUUUCUGAGAGAUACGCCCUAAUUUAGGGUUUCUCGAUCUUCAAAACCCUACAAAAGCUCAAACCCUUUACGAAUCGGGAUUUUUAUUCCUUUAAGCGGAUACACAUGAGCCGAAGGAGAGAAGCCUGCAGAAAUUUUCAGCGCGGCAGCUGCGACUACGGUGAUCGCUGCAGGUUUCUACAUGUGUCUCAGCAACAGUCAAGACCAAAUUCUUUUGGAUUUGGUUCGCAGAAUAAUAGUUCACAGUUUUUUAAUGCGAAUCAGCAGCAAAAGCCUAAUCCUUUUGGAUUUGGUGUCCAGAAUGGUUCAGGCCCAAAAGGCACACCAAGCUUUGGUGUACGAAAUGAUAGUCCGGCCAAGCCAUUUGAAAACAAGUGGAUCCGCCCCUCAUCUACUAGUGCACCAAACUACAGUCAGCAGGCUUCUACACAACCGCAAGCACCUAAUCAUCAAUGUUCAGAUCCUGAGUCGUGUAAACAUCAAAUAGCUGAAGAUUUCAAGAAUGAACUACCACUUUGGAGGCUUACUUGUUAUGGUCACUGGAAGAAUCGGGCUUGUGACAUUGUUGGCGAUGUCAGUUAUGAAGAGUUGCGAGCAGCGGCAUAUGAAGAUGCUAAGAAAGGGUUGCCUUUGCAAGCAAUUAUUGAUAGAGAGAGAAAUUUGUAUAAUUCAAAGUGUGCUGAAUUUGACAAUUUACUCCGGAAUCCCUAUGUAAUAAGUUCUAAUUACGCUGAAACCAAAAAUUUCGCUGGAGCUAACAACACCAUGCCGUCAAUGUGUGUUCAAAAUAAUGCACCUGCUCAAAGUAAUGCACCGCCGUUGUUUUCCAGCUUCAGUCAAAUGGGGGCAUCAAGUACUGUUGGGCCCAAUCUCAGGCCUACCACCUCAGCAACUCCACCCAAUUCCAUUUUUGGUCAGCCAAAUGUGCCCCAGUAUAACAACCAAAAUGCUGGUGGAAACAGGAUGAAGUUUGGUAAUUCAGGAUCAUUCACUAACCAACCGUCAACAUUGCCAUCUGGAACUUCACCAUUUCCGAACUCUACAAACUUCCAAAAUGGUUUUAUGGCGCCAGGAAGCAACCCGAUCUCCUCCGCUUUGGUUCAAACACCAUUUGCUAAUAGUACACAAUGGUCAAGUUCUCCAGAUGCACCUAGAGUUACUACUGGUACUGUUCACCAGGAAUCUGCAUUGGACAAGCAAGAAGAUGGUGCUGACGAUAGUAUUUGGUUGAAGAAUGAAUGGGCUGUAGGGGAGAUUCCCAUGGUAGCACCUCCAGCGAGAUUCUGUACAUGAGUUUUCCUCCAACAAUUCUGUGUUAUUCUUCGUGGUUUUUCUGUGGAAUCAAAAUUGGAACACAUUUAGGCUUUGUCUUAUGUUAUAGAGCAUAGAGGAUAUACAAAUCUGUUCUCUCUUUUGUUCAAUUGAGGUAGUUCUAUUACUUGCAUCAAGGAAGGAUCUUCGAAUGAAGUAUCAGAUUCUCAGGUAAACAACUGUGGACAGUCAAUUUUGUAUACUUAAUGCAUCGCAGCAAUGGAGUUCGAAAGUUAGCUUUCGUUGGCUUUUGCUCAUUGAGGUUCAUUCGUGGCCGGGUUCUGCAGACCUGUAAGGAUCACUUCUCUCACCUUGAAGUUACUUAGCCUAUAUCAGAAGAUUUUUAGCUGACCUGGUGAGAUUUGGUGGGUGAAUCACAUUUUCUCUGAAGUGGCUUGUGGUUUGCUGUAGCUAAGGAUGUGAAGACUUUCUUGCCCUCUAUUCACGGCUUGUACCUAUGGUGAUCUUAUACCCAUUCAAUCUAGUUCAGAUAUUUUCCUGGGGAAAAUAUGUUUCUUCUUAUAUAGAAAAUGUAAUGAUCACUAGCCACGGUUAUUUUGGGUGUCUCACUGAAUGCCUGUGUGUGUUUUAAUUUGUUGGCUAUGUUUGUUAUGUUGGGAACUCGCUUUUAUACGCCUCAUGUACUGGCAGGAUCUGCAGUGGUCAAUUAUCUUA